UUGAAACAUGAAGAAUAUAUUAUAUUCAAUUUAUUUAAUAAAUAGGGGCUUAGCAUAUCUUAUUGAUGAAUGGCCCAUGAAAGGUGGAACACAAGAUAGCUGGUGAAAUGGCAAGUUGGUUGCAAGCUAGACCUGAGCUCAACUGUCAUAAGGGUGAGCUCAAGCAGUUGAGUUCAUCUAAAGUUGUUUACCUCAUCCAAAUGGGCUGUCAUGAGGAUGAGCUCAAGCAGUUGGGCUCAUCCGAGGUAAUUGACCUCGGAAUAGGUUGUCAUGAGGAUGAACUCAAGCAGUUGAGUUCAUCUAAGGUUGUUUACCUCAUUCAAGUUCACCUCGGACUAGGCUGUCACGAGGAUGAGCUCAAGCAUAGGCUGAGUUCAUUCGAGGUUGUUUACCUCAUCUGGGGUAGUUCACCCGAUUAUCAUGAGGAUGAGAUCAAGCAGUUGAGCUCAUCCGAGGUUGUUUACCUCAUCCAAGUUAACCUCGGAAUGGGUUGUCAUGAGGAUGAGCUUAAGCAGUUGAGCUCAUCCAAGGUUGUUUACCUCAUUCAAGUUGACCUCGGAAUGGGUUGUCAUGAGGAUGAGCUUAAGCAGUUGAGCUCAUCCAAGGUUGUUUACCUCAUCCAAGGUAGUUCGCCUCAGGAUGGGCUAGCAUGAGGAUUAACUCUAGUUGAGUUCAUCCAAGGUUUACAUCAUCCAAGAGAGUUCACCUCAGAAUGGAUUGUCAUGAGGAUGAACUCAACCAAGUUUAUGAACUUGUUUAAGUUCCUAAGUCAGCACAUGAAGUUCCUAUUAUUAAAGUCCAAGGCUGACCAUAUUAUAUGAUGAGGAUACAGAUAUAUAUAUAUCUUUAGCUCAGCAUCACAGUUAAUAACUGUAAUUUGAAUAAAUUAUGAAGCUGCAC